AUGUGUAACGGCAGCUCCAUCACUGAAUUCCUCCUCCUGGCAUUCUCAGACACACGGGAGCUGCAGCUCCUGCACUUUGGGCUCUUCUUGGGCAUCUACUUGGCUGCCCUCCUGGGCAACGGCCUCAUCAUCACAGCCGUAGUCUGCGACCACCACCUCCACACCCCCAUGUACUUCUUCCUUCUCAACCUCGCCCUCCUCGACCUGGGCAGCAUCUCCACCUCUAUCCCCAAGGCCAUGGCGAAUUCCCUCUGGAAUACCACAUACAUUUCCUACACAGGAUGUUCUGCCCAGAUCUUUCUGCUAGUCUUUUUGAUUUCAGCAGAGUUUUCUCUUCUCACCAUCAUGGCCUUUGACCGCUACAUUGCCAUCUGCAAGCCCCUGCACUAUGGGACCCUUCUGGGCAGCAGAGCCUGUGCCACCAUGGCAGCAGCUGCCUGGGGCAGCGGCUUUCUCCAUGGUGUGCUGCACACUGCCAAUGCAUUUUCACUACCUCUUGUCCAUGGUAAUGCUGUGGACCAAUUCUUCUGUGAAAUCCCCCAGAUCCUCAAGCUCUCCUGCUCAGAGUCAUACCUAAGAGCCGCUGGGAUGGUUGUGGCUGAACAGGCCAAGUGA